AUGAGCACACACCUAUUGGUAGAUUACCAACUUCGAGUGGUCUUUCAGAGUCUUGAAGACAAACAAGGGCUCCUUCGGUGGGUAGAGAAAAGACCAUCCUUUAGAGAAGCUGCUCCAAUCAUCCGCUUGGAGGAAAUCGAGCUACGACUGGAGUUGAUUGAUGUAAUCCAAGUGGCUUAUGACGAGUCCCCCUGCAAGGCGCAACGGGACGAGGACGGGGAUUUCCAGUUUACGGCUUUACAAUUUGUGUAUUUUCUAGUGAUACCUAUGGAACAUUUGCGUGGCAUCAGGGCCACGCCGAUGGUUCCUUACAUACCUUAUAUUAAACUAGAGGACUAUCUUUUAUUUAUGGUUCUGGGCAUUAUGCCGGAUGACGCCAUCAUCGAUAGAGGCACCGCAUCUACAGUACCUCCCGACGACACACACACUUUGUCUUCAGGCAGCGAGAUACCUAUUGACGAAAAUGCAGACGAACGAGCCAAGUGCAUCGCCCGCGAUGGUGGAGUCUGUGUUCUCACCGGAGCGGCUUACCCAGAAGUCUGCCACAUUGUGCCAUUCGAAAUCAACGCAACCCAAGCAGGCCUUGCAUAUUAUCGUGAGCAAUUCUCUCAUCUAACCAGACUCCUGGGUAAAGAGAGUCAUGCUCAGAUGAUUGGGCUUCUUGAUUCGGAACUUGGUUGCUCUGACAAAGCCUGGAAUAUGCUUUGCCUACAUCCCACUCUUCGAGAUUGGUGGAAGAAAUGUCUCAUUGGCCUUAAAUGCUUAUGCAUUAUCCCUUUUUCUCGUCGAAUGGGUUAUCACACCAUUCAACUACAGUUUUAUUGGAUGCCUAGGGGUCAUGAUAUUAGUCCACAAGAUGGUGCUCAGCCAGACCGCGAUAUGAUCCAGGAAAUGCUUCAGAUAACAGAGCAAGACGAUGAUCCUAUUAAGGAAUCACAAAAAUCUAGCUCCUACCGUCUCCAGACUGGGCAAGUAUUCAACCUCAAUUUGCCGGCAGAAGACGCAGUCAAGAUGAGGCUGAUGAUUGAUAUACAAUGGGCCAACGUACGGCUGGCAGCGAUGUCUGGUCUGUCAGGCAAUUGGGAACUGCUGAAUCGCCGUCCUCGCGUGGUGAAUGUCGAUGGUUGGCUUGAAGACAAAUGGUGUGUGUAG